GAGAUACAGAAGGCAGACUUUGAGCGAAGGGGCAUUAUCAAAGAACUCCUCCGAGAUAAAGCAGGAGCAAGAAUCAAAACCAUACAGACAAUGAAUGGAUCUCAGACACUGUAUCGGACCUGGCACAAUGAAUCUGAUUGGAUAAAUGAGUCCUUCACCGCUGUACAUUAUCACAUGUUUGAUAUGGUAGAAUCAAUACUCCUUCCUUCUUUCAUUGGUGUUAUCUGUUCCACAGGAUUGGUCGGAAAUAUUCUCAUCCUCAUUACCAUUACCAGAUCAGUGCGGAAGACCAUUCCAGAUAUUUAUAUUUGUAACCUAGCUGUGGCAGAUUUGGUUCAUAUUAUUGGAAUGCCAUUUCUGAUUCAUCAGUGGGCACAAGGAGGCAAGUGGGUGUUUGGCAGUACUCUCUGCACCACUAUCACAUCACUAGACAGUUGCAAUCAGUUUUCGUGUUGUGCAAUUAUGACUGCUAUGAGUCUGGACAGGUACCUGGCCCUUGUACAUCCAUUCCGUCUGACAAGUUUCAGAACCAGGUCGAAAACCAUUAAGAUCAACCUCUGCCUUUGGGCAAUUUCAAUUCUAUUGGCCCUUCCUGUCUGGACACAUGCAAAAGUCAUUAAGUUUAAAGAUGGCUUGGAAAGCUGUGCUAUUGAUCUAUCUUCGCCCCAGGACAUACUUUGGUAUACACUGUACCACACCUUAACUUCUUUCUUCUUUCCCUUACCUCUGAUAAUACUUUGUUACGUUUUGAUUCUGUGUUACACAUGGGACAUCUAUCAAGAAAACAAGAGAACUGGAAGAUAUAAUGCAACUAUCCCCAGAGCACGGCUCAAACGACUGACGAAGAUGGUCUUGGUGUUAGUGGGUAUUUUUGUGGUUAGUUCAGCACCAUACCAUGUGAUUCAAUUAAUAAAUCUCAAAAUCACUCAGCCCACCUCUGUUUAUUACAUCGUUUACUACAUAUCUAUCUGCCUCAGUUACGCCAGCAGCAGCAUUAAUCCCUUUCUCUACAUACUGCUCAGUGGCAAUUUCCGAAGGAGGCUAACUGGUUGCACAAAGAUUCCAAUGAAAGUGACUGAACGUGAAAUUAUUAACAUAGAAAGCACAAUGAAGUUCAGUUAUUGA